AGGGCAGAGAGGAGAGCGGCUCACACAACACACAUACUGAGCCAACCACAGAGAGGAGAGGAAAAGGGAUAGAAUAUAUGUUAUCCGUCUUUUCCUUUUCCUGUUGAAGCAGACUAAGAGCAUUGGAGAUCGAGAGGGGAGCGGGGCAAGCAGCCAAUCGGCAUUCAACGGGAAGCAAGCAACCAAUGAGGAGCGAGUGGACUCCUCCCCGUAAAGCGCUGUGUUGAGCUCCGAUCCCUUAUAAAUGAAUGGAGAGGCUCUGAGGCAGCACACUGCUCUCCCACAGAGCACUAGAAUCAACAACAGCAGCUUGGACGGAUGCUCGCACCCAGCCAUGAAGAAACGGCACAGACAAGCACAUGCCGCAGACACCACAGACGACAUGGAUCCCCACCAUCCCCCUGAGGCCUUGGCAGCCCCUCUCGCCCUCCCUUUCUCAGCCUCCGGCACCCUGGCCCUCCCACUCCCAUCGCCUGCCACCCGACGCUCCAUCUCUAUGGGCGACUUUAGGCGGGUGACCACGGCCCUGUACGGCUCGGAGCCCCCCUCGACGGCUACCACAGCCCCCUCCUCCAAGAUGGUGACCCCCAGCUCUAGCAUGGAGUUUGAAGCGGCCCGUCGGCGCCUGCUAGAGAUGGAAGAGCGCCAGCGGGUCAUCCGGGAGAUGGAGCGACGCCUGGAGGAGCUCCGGGAGGUGUUCGUGCGCUCGGAGCAGGAGGCGGUGGAGCAUGGCGAGGUGUUGACCCGCAUUGCCUGCGGCGCCCAGCAGGGGGAGAUAUACGCGGCCGAGAACAGCGAGCGGCUCAAGAAAGGGCUGCGAUUCAGGAAGCACCGGCCCACCAUUGUCUUCUCCUCCAUGCUGGGACUCCGUACGUGUCUUCCCUGGCCCGUCAAGCUCAAAUGACCCUUAGACUACAGACUGACACCAUUCCCAGACUGUUACCCCUCCUUGAGGCUACAAACCCCCCCUUGAGCUCUUAUUGAUUCCAGGAAGCUGGCCCUCUGUGGACUAAAGAGUGUAUAUUGUAUGUCUGGGAUGGUUUGGAGGCCAUGGGACUCACAUGGUGCAUCUGUAAAACUAAAAGUUGUUGUAUGAAACCAUACAAACCGUACUUGUACAAAGGCAAAAACAACGAAAAAUGUAAUCGCUUUGAUGUGGUUGGUCGAUUCUUUUUUUUUAUUUGCUUUGUGUUGAAAGAAGUGGGAAUGACAGAAGAAGGGAGUCACGGUGCAGGUAUUGGAGCGUGAGGUAACAUGGAAACACUUCCUUUUCUCAGUACCUCUUAAGUUAUGCAAAGAGAGAAGUGGGGGUUACAUAACAAAGCCCGGGCUUACGGGAUGGGGGAGAACGUUGAGCAAUCUGCCUUUUCAACCCACUGGAGUGAGAGAAGAGGAGCAGAGUGCAGUUUAGUUUUUUUUUUUUUUUUGCUGCAUUGUUUCGUAAAACCAGGGGGGAAAAAACGGAGAAAGGGGGAGUCAGAAAGAAUGGUUGGUAGAGGGCCUUGGGGGACCGCAGGGUGUCGAAGGGCAACGUGCCUUGGCAUUCCCCAGCACACUCACUAUAUCUCCCAGCCAACUCAUCUUCUGAGCUUCAAAGGUCAAACCCCCAAUGGAGUAGUAGUCUGCUCUCUCAGGACGUGAGAAACAAACCAGGUCCUUCUGGGACGCUUCCACCUGUGGCCUAUUCUUUGUUGCCUGACAACCCAGGCCUAACUCACCUUCCAGAAUGUAUCCGACAACACAUGGUGUCCUUGGAAAAGAAGAGGUUCAAGAACAACUUCCUUUUCUGGUGCAUUUCCUUCAAUUGGACCUGAGCGAUGGACAAUGGCGCUGUUUGCAAAACUGUGUUCGUUUGACUAUGGCAGAGCUGGCCUCUCAAUGCUUUUACGGUUGAUGAAAUGUUUGAGGAUUGCGUUAGCCAUGCCAUGGCCAGCGAGACAAGGUAGGGUAUAUACUGUAUAACAAGAUGAUAGGCUAGCUGAGAGACGUAGGGUGGAUGAUUUGUGGAAAAGGAUGACAGUCAGUCACGUGAGAGGAAGGGGUUAAAAAGGCGAUAAAACAGCAAACAGACAUUUAAUGUUAUUGACGUUAUUGCAUCAAAUAAAUAAAUAAAAUGUGAUUUGUCACAUACACAUGGUUAGCAGAUGUGAUUGGUCACAUACACAUGGUUAGCAGAUGUUAUUGCGAGUGUAGCGAAAUGCUUGUGCUUCUAGUUCUGACAGUGCAGCAAUAUCUAACGAGUAAUAUCUAACAAUUUCACAACAAAUACCUAAUACACACAUCUAAGUAAAGGAAUGGAAUUAAGAAUAUAUAAAUAUAUGGAUGAACAAUGUCAGAGCGGCAUAGACUAAGAUACAGUGGAAUAGUAUAGAAUACAGUAUAUACAUGUGAGAUGAGUAAUACAUAGACUAAAAUACAGUCGAAUAGUAUAGAAUAAAGUAUAUACAUAUGAGUAAUCAGUAAUGCAAGAUAUGUAAACAUUAUUAAAGUGACUAGUGAUCCAUUUAUUAAAGUGGCCUAUGAUUUCAAGUCUGUAUGUUGGCAGCAGCCUCUCUGUGUCAGUGAUGGCUGUUUAACAGUCUGAUGGCCUUGAGAUAUAUAUAUUUUUUUUUAAGUCUCCCGGUCCCAGCGUUGAUGUACCUGUACUGACCACGCCUUCUGGAUGAUAGCGGUGUGAACAGGCAGUGCCUCUGGGGUGGUUGUUGUCCUUGAUGAUUGUUUUGGCCUUCCUGUGACAUCAGGUGCUGUAGGGCAGGUAGUUUGCCCCCCCCCCUCCCCCCGGUAACAGACAAUGGGCAGUCUAAAUGCAUGCUCUACUUUUUGAUAGGAUAAGCAUUGGACAUUUUUGCUUAGUUCAUAAAUUAUAGUCCACUGCAUAGGCUUACAUAUCGAUUAGGGUUAUCGAUAUGUAUCGAUUAAGUUACUGCCUGCUAUUUGUAAGCUAGACAGAGACAAUAAUUUUUCCUAUUGUAUGCUUCAGACCCAAACACCUUGUAUUCUUUAUGUACAUAUAUUAUUAAAAAAUACUGGAAGUCUACAGGCUACAAUGGUUCUUCAUUAAAUGCCUUAUACAAUGUAUGUGUAUAUACUAGUGUGAGGAUGGAGUCCUCUGUAGCUCAGUUGGUAGAGCAUUAUGCUUGCAGCACCAGGGUUGUGGGUUCAAAUCCCACAGGGGACCAGUAUGAAAAAACUACUGUCACUCUGGAUAAGAGUGUCUGCUGAAUGACUUAAAUGUAAAAUAAUGAAUUCAUGACCAUUGAUCUAAUGAUGACAACCAGAACACCAUUGGCCAGCUUGGAAUACUUUGAAAUUCUUGCACUAUUUUCAGUGCUGUACUUUUUUGUUGUUGCGUUUUGCUAUGAAAUACUACGUUUCCUAAAGCGCUCUGGACCCACAUGCAGAAUGAAUGUAUUGUUUAAAUCUGUUUCUCAAUAAAUAUGGUUCCCUUAACUUGUUAAGGGCCUGUGGUUGAAAAUACUAUUCUCUGUCUGGAUAUCUUCUCAACAAACCUUGUUUUAAAAUGUGUUUAAUUAAAUGUAUCCUCCUCCUACUCCUUACUCGGCAGAGUCAAAUACAGUAUCUUGGUUAGCCACAUUUUCAGAGGCUUCCAUGAUAGACAUUAGCCUGAUCCACAGUCCUGACUGCUGCUGUGGUAGAACGAGGCUAGAUAGGCAUAGCCUGGUUCAGUCCCAUAUCUGUUUGUGGUGUCUUACCUUUUCUCAUAGUCAAUGUCAGACAGCAUAAACCGAUAUGGGACCAGGCUAUUAAAGGCAUACAACUAAGCCAAAACUGGCAAUCAGAACUGGUUUAAAGAUAGCCUAAAACAAGAUCAAGCGUUCUGCAUCAACCACAGGUCCAAAACAAGUUUUCUGACAAUAUUACUUUACUAUUCUGUAUAUGAAUGUACUUAUCUUCUAUUGUGUUAAAUAGUUCAUUUGUGAUGUGAAAGUGUUUCCUUCUGUUAAAAUUAACGUAAGGCUGCGUUUACACAGGCAGCCCAAUUCUGAUCUUUUUCCGACAAUUGGUCUUUUGAACAAUCAGAUUAGAUCUUUUGCCCAUAAUUCGGCUAAAUAUCAGAAAUUGUCUGCCUGUGUAAACGCAGCCUAAUAGUCCUAAAAUAUAUUUUUAAACCGGGUUUAAUCAGUUUAUUUUAAAUUAUAUAAUGUCCUUCAUUAUAAAAUUUCCAUGUUGACCUUACAUACGUUUAGAUGGAUUUGAAUCUCUACUGAUUAAAUGUGUUCUCCUUAAUUUAGAUCAAUUUGAAAACAUGCUCAUUGCUUUGAAUAAGGCGUUUGCAUUAUAGAAUGUUUUGCUCAAGUGACAAAUUGCUUGUAAUACAUCAUUUAAUCAUAGGCUUUAGUCCAGAGUUUAAACAAAUGUACAAUGUUCUAUAAAGACAAGAAAAAUAGGCUUUUUUUUUUUUUUUUACAUUGUUCAGGACAAUUUGUUCUCGGUUCUGUCAGAGGAGGGACUGGUAGUAUACUGCUAGUUGGGGGAGAGAAAAUGAAUUAAGGCAAUCUGAAAUGUGGUGGAAUGUGGUCUGUUUUCCCGGAGAGUGUGUGAGAAUGCUUAUUGCUUACCCAUGCACAGUUUGACAUUUAAGUCAGCUCUUACAUCUGUUGGGCAAAUGUCUCUCUUCUCUCUCCUCUCGCUCUCUCCUCUCUCUUUCUCUCCUCGCCCUCUCUCCUUCUCUCCUCCCUCUCUCUCCGUUGAAGUGACGCAUUUGGCCUGUCACGACUGGUACAGAGGUAGUAGUCUGUCACCUUGGAGCACCAGAGCAGAAAAACAGAGCCUGCUCAGCAUAACUGAAAUGGCUCAUGACGUAAUGACAUAAUGAGACGAUGCAUGCAGAGAGGAAGCCAAGGGACCUGAUAACAAAACACCCUAACGCUGCUGGGAGCAUCUGCAGACAAACGCCACACGUGACAUGUGUAUUCCAUUCUGAAUUAAGAACAUCCUGGGUUUUAAGUUGAGCUUGUUAUAAUACCCAUAUUAAACUUGAGUUAUAAGAUGUGACGUUGUUGAACGUGACCGGUACCAAGUGUGUCGAGAGACUCCAUUAACCAAUAGGAUGCAAGAUCUUCCCUCAUGCGUCCAAAAGAUUGGCUUCUCCUUGGAUUGUCUGAUGUUCAGGAUUUUGUCCUGAUUCGUAAUCGGUCCUAAAGUGAAGGCUUUAGUUAUUUGAUGCACCUCACUUUGCCUGUACUGUUCACUCUGAAGAAUGUAUGUAUUGGUCAUGAUCUGAAUGAGGGAGCCGUACCUUCUCCAAUUGGUCUGGAUGUACUGUAUAAUAAACACUGACAGGAAAUGACAUCA